GUCCCGGGCCCGCGGCGCCGCGCAGCACGGGGCAGGCAGGGGCAGGAGCGAGCCGAGCCGAGCCGAGCGGGCCGGGCCGGGCGGGCCGGGGCCGAGGCCAUGCCGUGCCCGCAGUGAGCGAUGCCUUUGGGAAAUGGCCCCACGGCAGCCCCGCGCCCCGCCUGGAGCCCGCUCUGCCGCCGCCUCCUCCCGCUGCUGCCGCUGCUGCUCCUGGCCGCCGCCCGCCCGGCCCGGGCCACCGCCACCGCCGCCACCGCCACCGCCACCGGGGCCUGCGCCCGCUCCUGCGCCGCCGGCUCCUGCCUGCUCAACUGCUCGUCCCGCGGCCUGCGCCAGCCCCCGCCCGCCCGCGGCCCCGCGCCCGCCGCCGCGCUGGAUCUUUCCAAUAACAAAAUCAGCAGUUUAGACGCUCAGAUGUUCGAAAGCCUGACUUCCCUGGCAAAACUAGAUAUAAGCCACAACCAGAUUUCUACAUUAGAAGAUGGAAUAUUUGAUAAUUUAUUUAAUUUAACUGAAAUAAACUUAAGUCUGAAUCCGUUUCUUUGCGACUGCAAACUUUCAUGGCUGCCCCGCUGGGCGGAAGAAAGAAAAGUUAAAGUGAUCCAGGCGGCCGAGACAAAAUGUGCCCAUCCUCCUGAAGUGGCCAACCUUUCUCUUUUCAACAUUUCAUUCACCAACGUGACUUGUGACGCCGAGUACCUGGCAUGCGUGAUCGACAACCGCACGGGGGAGGCGGACGCCGUCGUCCUCUUCAUGCCCGGCCGCCGCGAAAACCUCACCGAGGAAGCCUGCAGUGCCCUGUGCUACGCGGAGGACCAGGACUACGGCGGCUUCAGCGACCAGGGCUGGUGCCUGUGCGGUGCCGCCCUCCAGCCAAACACCUCCUCUGCCUGCUGGUCCUUUUGCACCGAGCCUGCGCCCGAGCCGGCCUGCCGCAGCCCGGCGCUCGUUCCCUCCAUCUUCCCGGCACGGCUGCAAGCCUCCUUCACGGGGCACCGCCGGCCGUCCAGCCUUCACCGUGCCGUGGCCUUCCACCUCAGCGUGCCAGCUGCCGUCAGCACUUUACGGUGGGACUUCGGGGACCUGUCGGGGGUCUUCAGCACCACCAGGCAUGCCGCUCUCCACAAGUACGCGCUGCCUGGGCGGUACAACGUCACCGCCACCCUCCUCGUGGGCAGCAGGGUCAGCUCCGUGCAGACGGAGGUCGAGGUGGUGGCUCCCCCGGACGAAGUGGAGCUGCAGUGUCCUUCGCUGGUCAGGACGAGCGAGAGCCUGGACCUGAGGAUCAGGAACAGGGGCGGCACCGGCCUGUCGGCAGCGUACAGCAUCACUGCAGAGUCCGAGGAGCUGGGCAAAGCGGUUCACCCCAUGUGCCCCUCGGACGGCUUGGUCUUCCCUGGCAAUGGCUAUUGCUACCGGCUGGUGGUGGAGAAGGCCGAGUGGCUGGAGGCCCAGCAGCAAUGCCAGGAGCACGGCAGCGGCGAGCUGGCCUUUGUGAGCACUCCCGAGAUCCAGAGCUUCUUGGUCUCCCGGGUCAUCAGGAGCUUGGACGUCUGGAUCGGAUUCAACGAUUUCGCAAGCGCCGGAGCACAGCAGCGUGGCGAAGGCUUCAAUCUGGAGAGCUGUCAGAACUGGCUGCCCGGGGAGCCCCAUCCCUCCAACGCCGACCACUGCGUCCGCAUGGGCCCGACGGGCCAGUGCAACACCGACCUGUGCAUGGCCAAGCACAGCUACGUGUGCCAAUACAAGCCGGAAGGGAUUCUCUUAAACGCCGACAACUUUUACGUGGGCAACCCGGCGUUCGACACGCACGCGCCCAUGAGGAACGUGACCAGGGAAGAUUCGCUCUCGGCCCCGCGGGACGCGGUGGAGAUGCUGAUGUUCCCCACUUGGGAGUUUGAGCACGAGGGAUUUUUAACGGCCUUUGAGUUUGUGACUCAAGAGCUGCAGCAGCCUGCUCAAGUGAGGCUUCAGGUGCACAGACCGGCCGGCGGAGAAGGUUACGAAGAGGAAGCGAGUGCUGCGCAGCCAUUCAACACUUCUCAGGACAAUGGGAACUGGACACUACUUGAAUGUCCUGCUGGUUUCCAGUGGUGUCACUUGACUAAUACGUGUGUGUCACAAAGCAGUGGCUGCAACACAACAGAGUGUGCCGACAAUCUCACCGCCACGACUGCCCCCGCCGCUCCUGGGCACGACGGCGGCCCGCUCCGCUACGAACUCCUCAGAGAGUUCCUGUUCGCUGUACCCGCCGGCACCGCGACUCAGUAUCUGGUCUUGUUCGGCGAUGAAAGCACCUUGGUGAGGUCUAAGGACGUCUUUAGCCUCCAGCAUGACGCCGGUCCGGGCUUGUUCCUCCAGUGCCAGCCCAGCGGGACUUCUCCGUACAGACACCGCUACCUAAGCACCAACUCUUCCGACUGGUCGCCCCACCUGCCUGCCAGCCUCACCCGCGCCAGCUGGCAGAACGACACCGUGUGCUCUCUCAGGGUCCUCUACGCCGCCGAGCAGGUCGUGCCUAUGCUCGGCCAACCCAACCCGGGGCUGGAGCAUCGAGGCCGCUACACCGUGAAAGCCACCGUGGACAACGGGGUCUUCAGUGCCAACUUAUCUUGCAGUUUCUGGGUCAUUUCCCCGGUGACGGGCCUGCGCGUCAUCUACCCGCCGGCUCAAGGAGGCAUAGUCUACGUGCCGACGAACCACUCCUCGCUGGUGGUGAAGAUCUCCUCCGGGGUGAACGCCACAGCCAGCUGGCUGGGUGGGAACUGGAGCUUCCCCUUCGAAGGGGCAUGCCCGCCCGCCGUGGUGCCGCCGACCACAGACUGCGCCAGAGACACCAACGACACCUGGUUCUCGGUGGUCGGGCUCGGCGGCCUCGGGGACGGCGUGAACAUGCUGGUGCUCGUUGCAGAGAACGCGGCGAGCGCCCAGAACAUCACCAUCAGCGUCAAAGUGGAGGAGCCCAUUCGAGGGCUUCGGGCCACCCCGGACCCGGAGAGCAGAGUCUUGCUCAACACGCGGGUGAGCUAUGUGCCCAUGUUGGAGGCCGGGUCAGAUGUGACCUUCCGGUGGACGGUGGACGAUAAACCGUCCUUCACCUUUUACAACGUGGUCUUCAACGUGAUCUACCAGAGCGCGGCCGUGUACAAGCUCUCGCUCACCGCCUCCAAUCACGUCAGCAACGUCACGGUCGACUACAACGUCACGGUGGAGAAGAUGAACAAGAUGAAGAACCUGAGCGUGUCCGGGAUCCCGGCGGUGCUCCCGCAGAACGCGACGGUGGAGCUGACCGCCAGCGUCGUGAUCGACACGGCCGUGGAUGCCGCCUUUGUGUGGGACUUUGGUGAUGGCACCCAUGAGACGUACCAAUUUAAACCUCCCUAUAAUGGGUCCUUCCUCAUUCCUGACCCCAGCGUUCACGAGGUGGUGAUCGAGCAGAGUGCAUCACACACCUAUGAGGAGCCAGGCGAGUACACCUUGGUGGUUUUAGCGUCCAACCCAUUUGAGAACCUCACGCACCAGAUCCCGGUUUACGUCCACGUGUACCUAAUCGACGUGAAGGUAGACACCGACACGGACGUCCUGGCCGUGAACCGGCCCGUCAACUUCACAGCUUACCCCGUGCCCUCUCCCUACGGCGUCCUGUACACCUGGGACUUUGGCGAUGGCUCCUCGCUGCUGACGGAGAGCCAGCCGACAGCUGUCCACAGCUACCAAACCAAGGGGGUCUACAACGUGAGCCUGAAAGCCAACAACACCGUGAGCAGCGUGGAGACAUUCAGACUUUACCGGGUGUUCGAGGAGAUAGCGGGGCUGCACGUUUCCUUCGAGGAGGCCGUGGAGGUAGGCAUGUCCAUCACAAUCAACGCCUCGGUGGAGGCGGGGGACAAUAUCACCUGGAUAUUUGACAUGGGGGACGGGACCGUUCAGCAGGGCCCCUUGCCAGCGGUAGAACAUAUCUACGAGAAGGACAUCAACUGCACCGUGAACGUGACCGCGGCCAAUCCCGUCAGCUCCGUUUCUCAGUCGGUGCCUCUCCGAAUCUUUGUCCUGGAGGUGCUCAAAAUCGAGCCUUCCUCGUGCAUCCUGGAGCACCCAGACGUGCAGAUCACUGCCUACGUCUCGGGGAACCCCGACGACUACGUCUUCGACUGGACCUUUGGAGAUGGCUCAUCCAACGUCACCGUCUACGGGGACCCCACGGUCAUGCACAACUUCACCCGCAGCGGCAUCUUCCCCCUCUCCCUGGUCCUCUCAAGCAGCGCGAACAAGGCGCACUACUUCACUAGCGUGUGCGUGGAGCCCGAGAUCAUCAACGUCACGCUCUUGCCCCCCAAGCAGUUCGCGAGACUGGGCGAGGAGAGCUGGUUCCAGGUCAGCGCCGUGCCCUUGUACCAGUACAGGUACCGCUGGGAUUUCGGGACCAACGAGUCCACCAGGUCCAGCGGCACUGAGGUCAGCUACUCCUACAAGAGCACGGGGAUCUACCUGGUCACUGUAACCGUCUCCAACAACGUCUCGUUCAACAACGACACGGCCUUUGUGGAAGUCCAAGAGCCGGUCGGGGUAGCCAAGAUCGAGUAUAACGGGACCCGGGUUUUGGAGCUAAACCAGAUCUACCUGUUCUCUGCCAGCGCGAAUGGGACCAAGGUGAGCUAUCGCUGGGACUUUGGCGAUGGCAGCAGCCAGCGCGGACAGGCCGUCACCCACACCUACAACACCACCGGCAGCUACGCCGUCAGCAUGACGGGCUGGAACAACGUGAGCUUCAACGAGACGCGGGUCAACGUCACCGUGAAAAGGCGGCUCCAGGGGCUCACCAUCAACGCCAGCAGGACCGUGGUGCCGCUGAAUGGCUCCGUGAGCUUUGUGGCCAUACUCCUAGCGGGCCGUGCCGUCCGGCACUCCUGGAUCCUGUGCGAUUACUGCACGCCCAUCCAAGGCUCCUCCACCAUCUCCUACACCUUCCGGUCCGUGGGGACCUUCAACGUCAUCGUGACGGCAGAGAACGAGAUCAGCUCCCUGCAGGACAGCAUCUACGUCUUCGUCCUGGAGCAAAUCAAAGGCCUGCAGAUCGCCAGCGGCGACCUUGUGGAGGAUGCCUUCUUCCCAACCAACAAAACGUUGCACUUGCAGGCCGUGGUGAGAGAGGGGACGAACAUCUCGUACAGCUGGGCUGCCCUGAGGGACGGCUGCCCCAUGCAGACGUUCGGCGGGAAGACUUUCUCUUUGAGCAUCCUGGAAGCCGGGAACUACACCAUCCACCUGAAAGCCACCAACAUGCUGGGAAGCGCAGCCGUGAACAGGACGGUGGAGUUCAUUGAAAGCAUUGGCCUUCUGAAGCCGUCUGCUUUCCCCAAUCCCACGGCUGUCAACACCACCGUGAACAUAAGCACUAGCAUCACCAGCGGCACUGGCGUCGCCUACUUUUGGCACCUGGGGGAUGGUUUCUCUCCUCGGACCGUCGAGCCCUUCGUCGUGCACUCCUUCCAAAGCCCGGGAGCUGUAGAGGUCACCAUCAGGGCCGAAAACAAGCUUGGUGCCACGAAUGCAACGAUUCUGGUCUUUGUACAGGAGCCCGUCGUGGGGCUGAGGAUUGAGACGCCGAAGCUGGACUACAUCGCAUCAGGCUGCACGGUGGUCUUCGAUGGCAAAUUGCAAAAGGGGACCAACGUGACGUGGCUGUGGGAGCUGGACAACAGCACGAUAAACGGCCAGAUGGUGCCCAUGCCGUUCCCCGUGGCCGGCACCUUCUCGGUCUUCCUCAACGCGUCCAACGACGUCAGCUGGCUGGUGGUCAGCAGGAACAUCACGGUGCAAGACGAAGUCCGAGGGCUGGAGCUCUUUGUGAGCAAGAAGGUGGUGGAGCCGGGAGAAGAGGUCUCGUUCGUGAUCAACAUGAUCUCCGGCUCGUCCGUGACCUACAUGGUGAGCAUCAGCAGAGACUACUCCGUGGUGCUCAACGGCUCCAAGUACACCCACGCCUUCACCAACAUCGGCGACUACCUGGUGACGGCGACGGUGCAGAACCAAGUCAGCAGCGCCCACACCCACGUGCUGAUCUCGGUCCUGGACGCCAUCCGCGACCUGAGGCUGCUGCACUGCUGCGAGCCGGGCAUCCCGACGGGAACGGAGCAGCGCUUCACCGCCCAGGUGGGACGCGGCUCCCAGGUGGGAUACUCCUGGCAGUUCUCCUUGCAGACGGACACGCGCCGCUACGUGGCCACUUCGGCAGGCGACAGCGUCCCCUACACUCCCGCGGCCGCCGGCUUGCUCGAAAUACACCUCAGCGCUUUUAACGGCUUGGGGAGCGUGAACCUCACCAGAGUCAUCCAGGUCCAGGACCAGAUCAUCCAGGUCACCCUUCGUCCCAGCAGCUCCUUUGUGAACAGGACGGCGGUGUUCGAAGCCUCCGUGGUGCCGAGCGCGAGGCAGGUCGUGUUUUGGUGGAGUUUCGGCGACGGCUCCCCCGCCCGGGUAACCGAGGUGGCGGCCGCCAACUACUCCUACCUGAGCCCCGGGGACUUCCUGGUGCAGGUGAACGCCACCAACCUCGUUAGCUUCUUCAUAGCGCAGGUCACGGUCACCGUGCGGGUCCUGGAGUGCGAGGAGCCGGAGGUGGAGCUGGCGCUGCCUCCGCAGGUGGUCAUGAAGCGAUCCCAGAGGAGCUACCUGGAGGCCCAGAUCGACCUCCGCGGCUGCAUCAAGUACCAGACGGAGUACCUGUGGGAGAUUUACCGAGCGCCCAGCUGCCGGCACCUCGGCGAGGCCAGCCAGAUCCGCCUGCCCGGCGUGGACGUGAACAGGCCCCAGCUGGUCAUCCCCAAGCUGGCUCUGAAAGUCGGGCACUACUGCUUCGUCUUCAUCGUCUCCUUCGGGGACACCCCGCUGUCCAAGAGCAUCUUCGCCAACGUGACCGUCAUACCGAGCAAACUGGUCCCAAUCAUCGAUGGGGGAUCUUACCGCGUGUGGUCCAACACCCAGGAUCUCAUCCUGGAUGGCGAGAAAUCCUACGACCCUAACUUGGACGACAGCGAACAGACCCCGCUGCAUUACCAGUGGUCCUGCGCCUCUUCCUCUAAGCAGAGCUCGGCUGCAGGGUGCUCUCUGAAUUUCAGUGCCCUGGAAGGAACCGUCACCAUUUCCAAAGCCACGUUGGAAGCAAAUGUGGAGUAUACGUUCGAUCUCACAGUCUCGAAGGAGGGGAUGAGUCCCGAGGCCACCAAUCAGACCGUGCUAAUCAAGAAGGGCGGCGUGCCCAUCGUCUCCCUGGAGUGCGUGUCCUGCAAAGCCCAGUCCGUCUACGAAGUCAGCAAGAGCUCCUACAUCUACCUGGAGGGGACCUGCCAGAACUGCCAGAACGACUCCAAGCUCGGGAGGUGGGCAGCGCAGAGCUUCAAGAACAAGUCCCUCGUGCUGGACAAGCGCACGACCUCCACCGGCAACGCGGGCAUGAACCUGGUGCUGCGGCAAGGGGUGCUGAAGGAUGGGGAGGGGUACACCUUCACCCUGCACAUCACCGACCUCACGACGGGGGAGGAAGGCUAUGCCUCCAUCGACCUGCUCCCGAACCGCCCGCCCUUCGGAGGGACCUGCCGGCUGUUUCCGCACAAACCGCUCGAGGCGCUGAUGGCGAAGGUGCACUUUGAGUGCAAAGACUGGAGAGACACGGAGGAUGAAGAGGCCCCUCUGGUGUACAUCCUCCUGGCCACGCGCUGCAAAGCGGGACACUGCGAGCAGUUCUGCGUGUACAAAGGCAGCCACUCCGAGCACAGCGCCUUCCUCCCCCCUGGCUUCCAGGCCAGCAGCUUCCUCGUGCACGUUUCGGUGCUUGUGCAGGACCAGCUGGGAGCCACCGCGGUCGCCCUCAACCGCUCCAUGACCAUCACCCUGCCGACCCUGCCGGACGGACACCAGAGCCUCUCUCGGUGGCUCUGCAAUCGGACCGACACGGUGCUCCAGGGCUUGGUGAAACAGGGGGACCCGCAGCAAGUCAUCGAGUACUCCUUGGCCCUCAUCACCAUCCUGAACGAGUACGAGCACGCACUGUACUCGGAAGCCGAGGCCAGCCACGAGCGAGCGCUGCGGAUCUGGACCCGCACCAACAUCACCGAGACCCUCAUCUCCCUGAGCGUGAACACAGUGGAUGACAUCCAGCAGAUCUCGGCAGCCCUGGCUCAGUGCACGGUGGCGAGCAAGGAGUUUGUCUGCAGGUCCUGCCUGACGAGGACCUUGAACAAGCUGGAGAGCAUGAUGGCGAUCCUCCAGGGAGAGACCACCCAGGGCACCAUGACGCCGACCGCCAUCGCAGACAACAUCCUCAACAUCACAGGGGACUUGAUACACCUCGUCAACGCGGCGUCACCGGAGCUGAAGCCCCAGGAGUUGUUCAAUGAUCACCACCACGUCCUGGUGGCUUCCAAAGCCUACAGCCUGUCCUCCAGCCUCAUGCGCAUCCUGAUGAAGUCCCGGGUGCUGAAUGAGGAGCCCCUCGAGCUGGCGGGAGGAGAAAUCGUGGCCAAAGGCAAGAGGUCUGACCCCUUCAACUUGCUCUGCUAUGAAAACACGCCCGACUGCCAGUUCUCCAUCCCCCAGGCCUUCAACACCACCUUCUCCGACCUGACCGACGUCAUCCAAGUCAUGUUCCGGGUGGACUCCAAUCCCUUCCCCUUCGGCUACAUCAGCAACUACACCGUGUCCACGGAAGUGGCCUCCAUGGAGUUUCAAACUAACAACGGGACCCAGAUUCCUAUUGGGAGCCUGGACUCCGAGAAAGCCAUCACCGUGAUGGUCUCCAACAACACCGAGGCAAUGAAUAUCUCUGCCGGCACGGAGGUCAUCCCGGAAAGGACUUCGGUCAACCUCGUGGUUACAACGGAGAACAACCACCGCGAAGCAGGGCUGCACUUCCAGCUGACUUACCGCAUCUUAAACGACCGCUACCUCUCGAGUGAGCCAGAGCCAUUCGUCGCAGCCUACCUCCACGAUGCGCCCGCGCCCAGCGAGCACAACUGCAGCGCCGCCAAGAAGAUCGGCCUGGAGGCCCUGGCCAGAAAGGACCACAAGCAGUACACCUUCUUCAUCUCCCCCGUCACCGACGACACCACCAAGGAUUACUACCUCAACAUCACGAACCACUUCAGCUGGUCCGCGGUGGAGGUGACGCUGGGCCUGUACACCUCCUUGUGCCAGUACUUCUGCGAGCAGGAGAGGAGGUGGAAGACGGAGGGCAUCGUCCCCCUGGAGGACACCAGGCCGGACCAGGCGGUGUGCCUCACCCAGCACCUGACGGCUUUCGGAGCCAGCCUGUUCGUUCCCCCAAACUCCGUCCGGUUCAUAUUUCCUGCACCCGGCCCGGGCCUCAACUACAUCGUGCUGCUGACCUGCGCGGUCUGCUUCGUGACGUACUCCGUGGCCGCCCUCAUCGUGCACAAGCUGGACCUCAUCGACGUUAACCGGGUGGGGGUGAUCCCCUUCUGCGGGAAGAACGGGCAGUAUAAGUACGAGAUCCUGGUGAAGACCGGCUGGGGCAGGGGAUCAGGCACGACGGCCCACGUGGGGAUCACGCUGUACGGCGCGGACAACAAGAGCGGCCACAGGCACCUGGACGGGGAGAACACGUUCCACCGCAACGGCCUCGACGUCUUCCAGAUCGCCACCGAGCGCAGCCUGGGCAGCGUCUGGAAGAUCCGCGUCUGGCACGACAACAAAGGGCUCAGCCCCUCCUGGUAUCUGCAGCACAUCAUCGUGCGGGACCUGCAGAGCAGCAAGAGCUACUUCUUCCUGGUGAACGACUGGCUGUCGGUGGAGAGCGAGGAGAACGACGGCAUGGUGGAGAAGGAGGUUUACGCCGCCAGCGAGAACGAGCUGCAGAGCUUCUCCCGGAUCUUCGUGGCCGAGCUGCAGCGGGGUUUCUUCGAGAAGCACGUCUGGCUGUCCAUGUGGGACCGGCCCCCGCGCAGCCGCUUCACCCGGGUCCAGCGGGCCACCUGCUGCUCCGGCCUCGUCUUCCUCUUCCUCUGCGCCAACGCCGUGUGGUACGGCGUCGUGGGAGACGUCCAUCUCAGUAACGUGGCUGUUUCCAGCCUGAUCCCGGUCAGCGUGGACACGCUGGCUGUCGGGCUGGUGUCCAGCGUGGUCAUCUACCCGCUCUACCUGGUCAUUUUGUUCCUCUUCAGGAUGGCUCGUAGCAAGGCGUCCGUCAGCCACACGCUGACGCACUCGGACCAGCAGUCCCUGGAGAUCGAUAACUACCUGGACUCCUCGCUCCUGGAGAGCUCCUUCCUCACCUUCCCCGGGCUGCGGGCCGAGGCCGUUUCCGAGCAAACCAAAACCGACCUGCUCCCGGACGACUCAAAAAGCCUGAUCCAGUGGCCCUCCAGCGAGGCCCUGCUCACCUGGCCGGACCUCCUCAGCGACCCCUCCAUCAUGGGCAACACCAUCCAGAAGCUGAAGCGCGGCCGGACGAGCCGCCACCUGGGCCUCGAGACACCGCUGGCGGCGGAGGACGGCUUGUCGCUGGGCUUGCACCAGGGCCAGGCCAGAUACAUCUCUGCCUCCGACGAAGACCUGAUCCGGCAGAUCCUCGCCGAUGGAGCCAGCGGCAUCUCCCACUCCCAGGACGUGGGGCACUACGGCAGAGCCGAGACCGACCUGAUCUCAGGGCUAUCCAGCGUGUUUGGGGAGAAGACCGAGACCAUCGUGCUGCAGAAGCUGAAUGAGAAAGGGCAGAGCGUGGCACCUCCUCCCAGGGAAGUGAGCAGGUCGGCCAAGCCUAUAUGGACAGCCACAGACCGUGCGUUCCAGAAACGCCUGCUGCCCUCCUGGUGCUCGUACCUGGCUCACGCCAUCAGCCUCCUCCUCGUCGCCGCCUGCUUCGGGGUCUCCGUGUGGAUCGGCUUGGGCUUCACCUCCAGCGUCGCUCUCAUGUGGCUCAUCUCAGGGAUAUUCAGCUUCCUGGCCUCCUUCUUGAUCUGGGAACCUCUCAAGGUGCUGGUGGAAGCCCUCUACUUCUCGCUGGUCGCCAAGCGCCUGCACCCGGAGGAGGACGACACCUUGGUGGAGAACCCGUUUGUGGAGCACGUCUCGGAGAAGAUCAACAAGGUGAGGCCUCCUCAGGGCUUUGCCCUUUUCCAGGCCAAGGAGGAGGCCAGGAAGGUCAAGCUGCUGCACAAGAUGCUGAAGAACUUCCUCAUCUACAUGCUCUUCCUGCUGGUAAACCUGCUCACCAGCUACGGCGACGCGUCCCGCAACAGCCAGGCCUUCCUGCUGCAGAGCUCCAUCAAGCAGCAGCUGGGCAGCGAGGACUUCCUCUGCAUUAAGAGGUCCGACGAGUUCUGGGUCUGGAUGUCCCAGGUGCUGUUGCCGUAUCUCUACAACAACCAGUCGGGCCGGGAGAGCCACAGCCUGACGCUGGGGGUGCCGCGGCUGCGCCAGCUCCGCUCGCAGGAAGACAAAUGCCUGGACCCCAUUCAGGAGUUCCUCAGUGGCACAGACACAGCGGCGGUGAGGAAGAGAUGCAUGUACCGCUCUGGCAGUUUCGAUGCCAGCGAUCACACCGUGGGCUGGGACAGCGGGCCUGGGAACCGGACAGCCACGUGGUCCUACUCACCGCCCGACCUGGCUGGGGUCUGGUACUGGGGCUACUUCUCUGUCUACGACAGCGGAGGUUACACCCAGGAGCUGGGCACCACCUUGGAGGACAGCAGGGCCCGCCUGGACUUUCUUCAGCACCACGGCUGGAUCGACAACAUGAGCCGAGCGGUCUUUGUGGAGCUGACGCAGUACAACCCCGGCGUGGACCUGCACGUGGCCAUCACCCUGCGGCUGGAGUUCCCCGUGGCGGGGCACGCGGUGACGGCCGUCAACAUCCAGCCCUUCCCGCUGCGGCGGCUCAGCGGGGGAGUCACGCUGCAGCUCGUCAUGAUGGUCUUCCUCAUGAUGUUUGUCGUGUACUUCGUGGUCUCCGAGUCCCUGGCCAUCAAGAAGGAAGGCCGGGCUUACUUCGUCCGGCUGGGGAGCUACGCCCAGUGGCUGCUCAUCCUGCUGACCACCUGCUCCGUGGUGGUGCACCUGAGCCAGGCCACCAUCGCCGACCAGCAGUGGGCCAAGUACCUGAAGAACCGCAGGGGCUUCACCAGCUUCUACCAGGUGGCCUUCCUCAACAGCGUCUUCAGCAGCCUGGCCGCCUCCCUCCUCUUCCUGCUGACCAUCAAGGCCGCCCAGCAGCUGCGCUUCGUGCGGCAGUGGUCCGUGUUCGGCAAGACGCUGCAGAAGUCCGCGAAGGAGCUGGCCGCAGCGGGGCUGGCGUUUGGCAUCCUCGCCCUGGCGUACGCCCAGCUCGGCUUCCUGCUCUUCUCCUCCUGCUCCGAGUCCUUCCGCAGCUUCGGCAGCAGCCUCCUGCUCCUCUUCGCCCUGGUCCGGGGCAGCGCGACCCUGCGUCCCAGCCCGCCCGAGCCCUCGGGCUGGCACGGCUUGUUCUGCGCCAGCUACGUGGUGCUGGAGCUGUGGGUGGUGCUGCGGCUCUUCGCCGCCGUGCUCCUCCACCGCUACCGGGAGAUGCACUUCGAGCUGUACCGGCCGGCCUUCGAGCCGCAGGACUACGAGAUGGUGGAGCUCUUCGUCCGCAGGCUCAAGAUGUGGAUGGGCUUCAGCAAAGCCAAGGAAUUCCGGCACAAGGUGCGAUUCGAGGGGAUGGAGCCAUUGCCCUCGCGCUCCUCCAGCGACUCCAAGUCCUUCCGGGGCCCGACCCCCAGCGCCGCCUCGGACAGCUCCCGGGCCUCCACCUCCUCCAGCCAGCUGGACGGGCUCAGCCUGGUGCUGAGCGCCAGGGACAGCCUGGAGGUGGACGCCGACCUCCGGCGCCUCCUCUCCCUCUUCGAGAUGCUGCUGGCCCAGUUCGACCGCGUGAACCAAGUGACGGAGGACGUGUACCGCAUCGAGCACCAGCUGGAGGGCACGCAGAGCCGCCGGGCCAGGACGCGGCGCCUGCGCGGGACCCAGGCUGUCCCGUGCGCCCCGGGCUGCGGCGGGCUGGAGCAGGGCGAGAACGCCUCGGACGUGGAUUUCCCGCUGCCCUCCCGGUCCCCCGGCGCCCCGCAGGACGGCCCGGGCGCCGUGCCCAGCCGGCUCGUUCGAGCCAGCCGGGGCAUCGGCGUGGCGUCCCCGCACAAAGGCUACGGCACCCUGGCGCCAGCCGUGAAGAAGAGGCCCCUCCGGGCAAAGAACAAGGUCCACCCCAGCGUGAAGUAACGGGACCACGCAGCAUCGCCGAGGGGACACGUCACGGUGCUGCCUGGUGGAGGGCAGGGAGAUCCUCGCGGCGUGGAGAGCC